AUGUAUCAGAAAGACACAAGUAUCAGAAAGACACAAGUAUCAGAAAGACACAAGUUCCAGAAAGACACAAGUAUCAGAAAGACACAAGUUCCAAAAAGACACAAUUUUGACAUACAAAGUGACAGAGCAGUUCACUUACACGAGAAGACACAGAAAGACACAAGUAUCAGAAAGACACAGGUAUCAGAAAGACACAAGUAUCAGAAAGACACAAGUUCAGAAAGACACAAGUAUCAGAAAGACACAAGUUCCAGAAAGACACAAGUAUCAGAAAGACACAAGUUCCAGAAAGACACAAGUAUCAGAAAGACACAAGUAUCAGAAAGACACAAGUAUCAGAAAGACACAAGUAUCAGAAAGACACAAGUUCCAGAAAGACACAAGUAUCAGAAAGACACAAGUUCCAAAAAGACACAAGUAUCAGAAAGACACAAGUAUCAGAAAGACACAAGUUCCAGAAAGACACAAGUAUCAGAAAGACACAAGUAUCAGAAAGACACAAGUAUCAGAAAGACACAAGUAUCAGAAAGACACAAGUAUCAGAAAGACACAAGUAUCAGAAAGACACAAGUAUCAGAAAGACACAAGUAUCAGAAAGACACAAGUAUCAGAAAGACACAAGUAUCAGAAAGACACAAGUAUCAGAAAGACACAAGUAUCAGAAAGACACAAGUAUCAGAAAGACACAAGUAUCAGAAAGACACAAGUUCCAGAAAGACACAAGUAUCAGAAAGACACAAGUUCCAAAAAGACACAAGUAUCAGAAAGACACAAGUAUCAGAAAGACACAAGUAUCAGAAAGACACAAGUAUCAGAAAGACACAAGUAUCAGAAAGACACAAGUAUCAGAAAGACACAAGUAUCAGAAAGACACAAGUAUCAGAAAGACACAAGUUCCAGAAAGACACAA